AGACUUUACUUGUGUCGCUUUGGGUGACUUUUCCGGCUGGUGAAGCGGGUACCGUGCUGUCAGACUAGGGAACGGAACUGGAGGCAAAUGGCUAAAGUGGAGCUGACGCCGCUCAGACCGUGGGACGACUUCUACCCCGGCUCGGAAAGAUUCGCGAAACCGGACGGCAAAGAUUUGGCUAAAUGGAACAACCGAGUUGUCAACAACCUGCUUUAUUAUCAAACUAAUUAUUUGGCUCUGGCCAUCGCUGUUUUCCUGGUUGUAGGGUUCCUGAACCCUCUGGGGAUGUUCACCGCCAUGGCCGUGGUGUCGGCCAUCUUCCUGGCUUCGGUGUGGGCCGGAGAGAACAGAGCUGCAAUCAGCAACCUCAAGAGGCACAAUCCCACGGCCUUCGUGGUCGCCAUCAUGGUCGCCAGCUACUUGUUGAUCUCCAUGCUGGGAAGCGUCAUGGUGUUCAUGACAGCCGUCACUUUACCCCUGGCUUUGAUAUUUGCGCACGCUUCCUUUCGCCUCCGCAACAUGAAGAAUAAGCUGGAGAACAAGAUCGAGGGAGCCGGGCUGAAGAGGUCACCCAUGGGCAUUCUGCUGGAGGCUCUGGGUCAGCAGGAGGAGAACUUCCAAAAGAUCCACAGCCUUCUGGAGGAAAAACUGAAGGAGUGACUGGACUCUGUGCACUUGUGUGUUUUUUCCAAAGAUCUGGACUUUGUGUGUGUGUGUGUGUGUGUGUGUGCGCGUGUGCGUUUUAAAAAGGAACAAUCGUAAUCUUUAAUCAGGGUAUCUGUCACCCCACUUAUAACUUGUCGGGCCAUGACGGCGCCCUCACGUCUCCGCUAUGCAACGUGUCGGUGUUCACGUGAAACACAGAAUGCGGACUCUGAUAUCUGUGCUCAAUCAGUGUGAGAAACAACCGUCGGCCCCUGUCGGCCUACUCCCCAACUGAAAAUUGUGUCUCUUUGUAACAAAGAAUAAAAUGUGCGUGCCUCUCACACUG